GGGCUCCUCUCUCAUUUUCUGUUGCUGAAGCGAAGCCAGAUUCAGAGAGAAGAGGCCGGCCAUUUUUCAGACGGGCGAGGUGGGGAAGAAAGGGUUUGGCUGUUGAUGUCGAUGGCGCAGGUGUGCUGUGAUACCGCGGUGGUUGUUGGGGCGGAGGCCGAGGCCAGGGCGCGGGCGCGCGCCGGCAGGCGGCGCCGAGCCGCCGGGGACGCCGCCACGGGGCGGUGGAAGGUCGCGCCGGAGGUUCCGCAGGGCGCGGAAGAGGCCGCCGCGGCCACCAGGAAGCGCCGCGCGGCCGGAGCCGAGGCGGGUGCGGCGAAGCGGCAUGGGGUGGCUUCUGUCGCCGGCCGUAGGAGGGAGAUGGAGGACGCGGUCUCCGUCCGCGAGGCGUUCGCCGCCGCUCCGGCUGAGGAGGAGGAGGAGGGGAAGGAGCCCGGAAAAGCCGGACGCGACUUCUACGGGGUGUUCGACGGGCACGGCUGCUCGCACGUGGCGGACGCGUGCCGGGACCGGAUGCACGAGCUGGUCGCCGAGGAGCUGCCCGGCGCCGGCGCCUCCCCCGAUUCCUGGACCACCGCGAUGGAGCGGAGCUUCUCGAGGAUGGACGCCGAGGUGAUGGCUGCGGGCGGGCGCGAGCGCGACGACAGCGCGAGCUGCCGGUGCGAGGCGCACAAGUGCGACCACGUCGGGUCAACGGCGGUCGUGGCCGUCGUGGAGGCCCGGCGCGUCGUCGUGUCCAACUGCGGCGACUCCCGCGCCGUCCUCUGCCGCGACGGCGCCCCGGUGCCCCUCUCCUCCGACCACAAGCCCGACAGACCGGACGAGCUGGAGCGGAUCGAGUCCGCCGGCGGGCGCGUCAUAUUCUGGGAGGGCGCGAGGGUGCUGGGCGUGCUGGCCAUGUCGCGCGCCAUCGGGGACGGGUACCUGAAGCCGUUCGUAUCGGCUGUCCCGGAGGUGACGGUGACCGAGAGGCUCGACGGCGACGAGUGCCUGAUCCUGGCCAGCGACGGGCUUUGGGACGUGGUCAGCAACCAGACCGCGUGCGAUGUGGCGCGAGCCUGCCUCCGGAGGGGCAGAGACAGGUGGUGCGCCGAGGCGGCGGCCAUGCUCACUAAGAUGGCUCUAACCAAGGGCAGCUCCGACAACAUCUCUGUCGUCGUCGUCGAUCUACGGCCGAGGAAUCCGUUGCCAUUGUAGGGACGGUCCACCGGCUGCUGUGACAGCCCAUAGCAUACUAGUAACUGUAGAAUGAUUUUGAUACUAGCUCUAGCGGUUCUACUGAUUGUUUCUCCUAAAAUCAUUUUUUGCAAUAUUUCUCCCUGAAUCAAGUUCAGUGGAGCACAUGGAUUAUUGUAGAUGUGGUGGGUUUUUUUCGGCAGAAUAAGAAUCGGUGUAACCUCAAGAAAUUCAAUCUGGACAUCUGCUGGAUGCCAUCUGAAAUGAAAUUGGUAUACAAUUUUAUCAAAAAGGAGGGAAUUGUGGUUCUUGGCCAGUUCCAUGAAAUUCCUGGUAGUGUGAUUCAGAUCUGUAGCAUCGAUUUGGGUCUGACAUUAGGAUCAUAUUUCAGAUCUUAAAGUUUCUGAACAUUGUAAGUUACUGAAUUGUA